AUGGCUGAUUUCACUUCAGCUAAUAAACUGAGCAUUAAAAUGCUUGAUUCUGUGGAGCAGGGAGUUGAUAAACUGAGGGACGCAGAAAGUAGACUUCCAACUCCCUAUGGCAAUGACAAUUCAGCUACAAGCAGCUCAAAAUCAAAGAUCCAAAGUGUUCCUAGAAUUCUCCGAAGUCACAGUAAUUUGGUGAAAUGCUUUGAGCCAAGGGUACUAGCAAUGGGUCCGAUCCAUCAUGGUAAGUGCAAGGAAGCAGAGGAACUCAAAUACACUUUGGCAGCAGACUUUAUCAAGGAUUGCGGCUGCACAUAUAAUCAUUUGUACGAGACGAUUCAAGAAAACAUCCUUGAAAUAAAGGACUGCUACGACAGUGAAACAAAAAAGUGCUACGAUGAUGAUGAGGCACUCGCCUGGAUGUUGUUCAUAGAUGGAUGUUCAACCUUGCAAUUCAUACACAAAUAUGAUUGCUUGGAAGAGUUUGGGAUGAACGCAACCCAAGUGGCCUUUGCACGGCUGGACUUGUUCUUGCUAGAGAACCAACUCCCUUAUCAAGUCCUCAAGUUGUUGAUGUGGUCAAGCAGAAAAGAAGAUGAGCUGCACAGAAAUAUGGAGCAUUUUGCUCAAACGCAGAUUGCUGCAGCAGAAAAGCCAGUGAGGCCGUUGCGAAGCACAGAGUUUGAGUCAUUGUUAGAUUUCGUUGACAAAAAAGAGAAGGAAAUCAAGAAGCAUAUCGCUGACAAAAAAGAGAAGGAAAUGGCGAAGCAUUUUGUUGACAAAAAAGAGAAGGAAAUCACGAAGCAUUUUGUUGACAAAAAAGAGAAGGAAAUCAAGAUUAUGCUACGAGGACGUCGUUGGGAGCUGAAAUGCACUCAUCUUCUUGAUUUUCUUCGGAACGAAAUGCUAGGUCCGUCAGGAGAGCUUAGCUAUCAUGGUGGCAAAGAAGACUGUUCACCAUCGUUUCGCAAUGCGCAGGAGCUUAAGGCAGCCGGGGUCCAUUUUAGGCGUAGCAAAACUAGCUCCUUGAAGGACGUAUCUUUUACUUCUCAAUGGUUUUCAGGCUUUCUUAGUCUUCCUCCCAUAAACGAAGACGCAAUGUCUUUGUUCUUGAAUUUGAUAGCCUACGAAAUGUGUCCUGAUUUCCGAAAUGAUUUUGCGGUCACCUCUUACUUCGGCUUCCUCAGUUCACUCAUUGCUCAUCCCAAAGAUGCUAAGCAGCUAAGGUCAGCCCGCAUACUUUGCAACUUGCGUGGGAGCGACGAAGCCCUCGCUGACCUCUUUCACGAGAUAGGCCCAGAUUUGGUGCUUGCCCAUCCUAUGUACAAGUCUAUUAAUGCCAAAUUAGAGCAACACUACAAAACCAAGUGGAAGGCAUGGUUCGCUCAAUUCUUCGAAGAUCAUUUCAGUAGCCCCUGGGCCAUGCUUGCUUUCAUUGGAGCUCUAAUAGCACUCAUCUUAAGCGGCAUCCAAACUUGGUACGCAGUCCUCAGUUUUUAUCAGAAAUAG